AUGAUUGCGGAAUCCACCCGAUUCCUUCAAGAGCGGGCGAAGCAAGCCAAGGCCGCAGCUGUAUCAGCGUCAGCUAAAGUGACAGAGCCCAUAGUCUCAGAGCCUGCUGAGCAGAUCUCAACCGAGGCCACACCCAAUGAGCCUACGUCGACUUCUGCACCUGCGUCUUCCUCUCCCGCACCUCCCGCACCACCUGUCAAAGCUGCACCCAAGUCGUGGGCUGCGCUGCUGCGCCCCAGCGUGUCUGCGCCUGCCAAGGCGUCCGACGCUGCUCGCUUUACUUCCGGGUCUGCCGAGCCGCCCACAGGUGAAUCAGCAUCCGCUGGUCAAGCUGGUCCAAUUGAGGGCGGUGGCAAGCCUGUCAAGCCUAUAGGAUACGCUGCAGCGGCAGCGGCUGGAUCAGCUUCGCGGUCUGGCGAAUUGGACCUGGGCAAGCUGUUAUCGGAGGGAGUGGGCGGUCUACCGUUGUCAGCCGGUGCUGCCGGACUUGCUUCGGUACCUCGAGGUCUGAUCAAUACCGGAAACAUGUGUUUCGCCAACUCUAUCAUGCAAGUGCUUGCCUAUUGUAAUCCCUUCAAUAUCUUGUUACAAGAAUUGAGCAAGCGAAUCAAAGCUGAUUUAGGGGGUCGGACGAGAUUGUUGGAAGCGAUGAUGCUGUUCCUACGGGAAUUUGCUGCCGCGGAGAUGGGCGAUUCGGAACCCAACGGAUCCGGGGUCGCCUCUGACAAGGCUAUUCCCGCAAGCGCCAAACCUGAAAAGGUCACAUCCGGUGGGAUUGCCAAGAGCGGAGAAGCGUUCGUACCGACAUAUGUGUAUGAAGCAAUGAGGGAGAACAAGCGAUUCGAUACGAUGAGGCGCGGUCAUCAAGAGGAUGCCGAGGAGUUCAUGGGUUUCUUUUUGGAAACUCUACACGAGGAACUGCUAUACCUGGUUUCGCGCCAUGAAAGUAGAACAGCAAAAGGCCCACGGAAGGACAACGCAACUACACCUAGCAAGAUGUCGGACGACGCGAGCGAGGAGCGAGAGGUCACAAGACCGGUCAGCCCAUCUGCAGGAAGGGAUGAUGGAUGGCUCGAAGUCGGUAAAAACCAAAAGUUGAAUGUCGUCAGAACGACCACGUCCCGAGAAUCAGCGAUCUCAAAAAUCUUCGGCGGUAAAUUGCGAUCUGUCCUGCGCACGCCUGGACAGAAGGACUCCGUCACGCUCGAGCCCUACCAACCCUUGCAGUUGGACAUCUCGGCGCCAAACGUGCAUACGAUCACCGAAGCAUUGCUUCAUCUGAACGAACCUGAAACGAUUUCGGGCGUCUAUUCUGCCUCGCGGGGAACCAACGUCGAUGCUACCAAGACUGUUUACCUGGAGACUGUUCCACCCAUCCUCACGCUUCACUUGAAGCGAUUCUUAUACGAUCCGGUAGAAAACAGGGUCGUCAAAAAGGGCAAGGCUGUGGCUUACGGCCCAGAGCUCAUCAUACCAACAUCGAUUAUAUCACCGGCAAGAAGGCCGGCCGGUGGAGAACUGCGUUAUAGACUGUUUGGAGUUGUGUAUCAUCACGGGAGCACGGCAACAGGAGGACACUAUACGGCAUGCGUACUCAAGCAAGAUGGGAAAGGUUGGCUGCAUCUGGAUGACGAGUUGGUCGAGAACGUUGAAGGGGAUGCAGGAGUUUACGUUACGAGGGAUGCCGCUGUGCAUGGAGACGCUGGGACUGUCGGUCGCUCAAUGAGGAGCAAGUGCGCGUAUCUGCUGUUCUAUGCCCGCGUAUAA